ACUCUAUAUAUACAUAAUUGAAAUAUUCACAAGUAUGCAUUACUCCGUAUAACAAAAGCUAUAAACAUCAUAGAGUCAAUUAGACAACAAACUUUCGAGCUAGUCCUAAGUUGCUAACCAGAGUUAUCAAUCAAUUUUACAGAAUCGAAUCAUGGCAAGCAAUAGCGAUGAGAAAACCCAGAGUUUGGGUUUGCCGGAGCAGGCAGCUAACGAAGAGGCGGUAGGCUUGUUUGAUUAUGGUUGGAUAAAAAUAGUAAAAAUAGUAAAUAAUACCAAAAUCGAUGUAACCUUUACCAACCCAAACGGGGACAAGACAGGAACCAUCGAACCGGGUCAAUCAGAGAGCACGGACUGUGUUGGUUGGGUGCCUUACUGGGAUUCUUCAAAAAAGUACACCAUCAAGUUUUUUAAUGAUGUUCAUAACGAGUUUAAAGAAAUUAGCAUGGUCGAUUUAAAAGGUGAAUGGAAAUUAUCGUUGAAAAUGCCAGAGGUUCAAGAAGAUAAAAGGGUUGUUCGCCCAAAAUGGGGUCCUAAUAAGGAAUCAGCCCUUCUUAAGAUCACUGUUUUUAAUAGGUAUGAUGGUUUUAGUAUGAAAUAUUCUGGGUAUACUCUUACAGAUAAUGAUUCUAAUUGGGAAAUUGGCGAAUUUUAUGAAUCUAAAAGGGAUUGGUGAAUGGUGAAACUCUCCUCAACUAGUCAACCAUAUGUAUUUGGUCAAACUCUCCUCCGAUAAACUUAUCGUACGAUUGUCCCUUUUUAAUUUGAGUGUUAACCAAUGCCUCCGAUUUCUGGAGUAUCAACAGAAACUGUUACGAGGUACUGGAGUAAUGUAUUUUUCAAUUGUAAUUUGUAAGCUUGAAUAAUUAUCGUAUUUUGCACGAAA